UUUCUGAACUUUUUGGUGAGUGAGUCUGCACUGCCAAAAUCCUCUUUGCUUCUCCAAAGAGCUUAAAGAGAUCCAGUACUGCUCCAGGACACUGACUUCCUACAAGAUGAAGCAUACUUCUUGCCUCCUCAUCUUCAUCUCCCUUCUUCAGUUGAUGACUCCGGGGAGUUUUCAGUGUUCCUUAGACUCUAUAGUGAAUAAAAGAAUUCAGGAAGCUCUCAAAGAGUAUAAACCCUCCAUCCCAACCAAGACACUCUCGUGUGUCAGCAUCACAAGCUCAGGAAGACUGUCCUCCUGUCCCGCUGGUAUGGUCGUCACUGGUUGUGCUUGUGGUUAUGCCUGUGGUUCCUGGGAUGUACGGGGAACAACCACAUGUCACUGCCAGUGUUCUGUGAUAGACUGGACCACUGCCCGUUGCUGCCAUCUGGCCUGAGAAGAAGGAGGCCGAGAACCCAAUUUUGUGAUGAUGUCUAUAAUGAAACUGUGAUUCCAACCAGGAAAUAUCAUUUAUUAUAAUACUGUUUCUUGAGCAAUAAGACCAACUUAAAAAAAAAAAAAAGAAAGAAAA